GCUGGGCAGAGAGCGUCUCGGCUGGGCUCACCCUCGCCAUUGUCUGCCUGCGCGGCGGUCGGUGGGCCGCGAUGCUGAAGGGCUCCGCGCCCCCUCAGAGGUGGCCGCAGGAACAGCCUCCAACCCCGGGGAGCAGCCACUUCGCCUGCUGAAGACUGAAACUUUGCAUCCCCGCCACUCCCUCUCUUCCCCCUUCCCCUCGCCGGCUCGGCUCGCCCUUCUCCAUGCGCUGAGCGGCCGCGGGGCGCUCGCCCGGCCCCAUGGACGCCUUCAGCGCCGCCAAGGCCAAAAUGGGGGCGAAGAGUGGCGGCGAGGCGGCUGCAGCGGCGUUGGCCGCGCCUCAGCCUUCCGCGCCGGCCCCCAGCCCCGCCGGUCCAGGCUCGCCCGCCUCGCCCGAGCCCGCCACCUACAAGCUGGAGGACCUGGAGACCCUGGCCACCGUGGGCACAGGUACCUUUGGACGUGUUCAUCUGGUGAAGGAAAAAAUGGCCAAACGUUACUACGCUCUGAAAGUAAUGAGCAUUCCUGAUGUCAUUCGACUGAAGCAAGAGCAACAUGUGCACAAUGAAAAGUCAGUCUUGAAAGAAGUCAACCACCCCUUUUUGAUCAGAUUAUUUUGGACCAACCAUGAUGAACGCUUUUUAUAUAUGUUAAUGGAAUACGUGCCAGGAGGAGAACUUUUUAGUUACCUGCGCAACAUGGGACGUUUCAACAACAGCACAGGCUUGUUUUACUCUGCGGAAAUUAUUUGUGCAAUAGAAUACCUGCACUCCAGAGAAAUAGUUUACAGAGACUUAAAACCUGAAAAUAUAUUACUAGACAAAGAAGGACAUAUCAAGCUUACUGAUUUUGGAUUUGCUAAAAAACUGGUGGAUAGGACAUGGACGCUCUGUGGCACUCCUGAAUACCUUGCACCAGAAGUUAUACAAAGUAAAGGACAUGGAAGAGCUGUGGAUUGGUGGGCCCUAGGAAUUCUUAUUUUUGAGAUGUUGUCAGGGUUUCCUCCAUUUUUUGAUGACAAUCCAUUUGGUAUAUAUCAGAAGAUUCUUGCUGGCAAAAUAGAUUUCCCAAGGCAUUUGGAUCUAUACGUAAAGGAUCUUAUUAAGAAGCUGCUUGUGGUUGACAGGACAAGACGAUUAGGAAAUAUGAAGAAUGGAGCAGAUGAUGUGAAGAGACAUCGGUGGUUCAGGUCUAUAGAUUGGGACGCUGUACCUCAGAGGAGACUAAAGCCUCCCAUAGUACCAAAGGUAUCCAAUGAUGGGGAUACUUCCAAUUUUGAAGCUUAUCCUGAAGAUGAUUGGAACAAGAUGCCGCCAGUACCCCCUAAAGAUCUAGAAAUUUUCAAGAACUUCUGAAUGCAACACCUACGCUGAAUGAGAAACUGGAACGAAAUUGAAGUGCUAAGAGCAAAUCUGAAGAAAAAUGGAGAUCAUACCAAAAUGAAGACUUUGUGGAUAAGAAUGAUACUGCAUUCAGAUAUGAGUAUUCAUAUAUAGGAGUUGGAGGCAGGCAAGAACAAUUUUUUGCUCUAAGCAUUUAGUAAAUGGUAACAGUAAUAGUCUACUCUGAAGUAGACUCACUAAAAUGGUAUAUUUUAGGAUUUUUUUUUAACUUAUGGUUUAGUUGAGUUUCUUGCUAUUCCCAGAUCCUUUUUGCAUAGUUAACUCAUAGACUUAAUUUUAUAAGUUUAUACUAAACUUGUGUAAUAAAAAGCACAAAUUAGUAUAUAUGUAUAUAAUGAAUACAAUACAAGAAAAGCACAGGAACUGUGCAGAGAUGUAAAUUUUUGUACUUUGCAGAGUCUAUGAUUUUUAUUUUUAAAAUAAUGUUUUUCAAGAAGUUCUCUAGGAAUAAAAAUCUUAAAAGGAUAAAUGAGUUUUUCAUCAUCUUAUAUACAUUUUAUAAUUCUUUGUAAAAAAUAAAAAUAAUUAAGUUUUAAAGAAGAUUUGUACCUAAAAUUUCCAAUGCCUCACACUUGCAACAAUAGUACUUGAAAGCAGAAAGACAAGGGCAUGUUUUGUUGUUGAUUAAGGUGCAUCUUUAUGGCUAAUGUAUGAAGUUCUGUUACAACUAUGUCUCUUUACAAACCAAGAUAUUGAGUGAUUAUACCCUGUCUGACAUCAGAUUCCUCACAUGAAGACUCUGUAAAUGUGCAAUUCAAUGCAUACUGGCUCUAACUGACUCUUACAGGAGUAGUUGUCUCUCAAGCUUGCUGUCUUCUCCAAAGGUAAAGCAUGAGCAAUGGCAGGCUUUUUUCAUUGCUGAAACAGUUGUUGAAUACUUAACACUUCAGAAUAUCAGAGGGAAAACUGAAUAUCUAUUAGAAUCUGAUUUUUCUGCUCCUGCCUUUGGAAAUAUCCUCAAGUUUCUGCUGCCAGGAAUUUAAUAUAUACAGAGUUCAGACCUUAGGUGUAAGGAGCCUCUUCUUUUGUCCUGUACUAAAGUCUUUCUAGCAGCUUGAGUACACUGCAUUUAGGAAAUAUUUGCAAUAUGGCUUCGUUUUAAGUAGCACCAAGUGUCGUAUGUUUAUAUGUAUGUAUGUAUCUAUAUAUAUGAAUACACAUAAACAUGAAGGUAGAUUAUAUACAAGCCAGGAUCUUUUUUUUAGUAUUUUUUCACGCCACGUAUUGUAAUACCUGUGUCAAUACAGGGGAAUUGAUUUUGAAGUGCUUCGAUUUCAAAAAGUAAUGACUUUUUUUUUUCAGGUGUUAGAAUUUUAGACAACUUUUGGUGAAAUUAUGGUAUUUAGACCAAAAAAAAAUUUUUCUGAAAGCACAUCACCUCCCUGGAGUUCCACUGUUAUGACUGAUGGCUCUACAUAUAACUGUUUAAAUAGAUGGGUCUCCCACAAACUUCUGUCCACGUUAUUGAUCGCUAUGGGAAUUAAUUUUUCUGAACUAAAUCCUGAAUACUGAUGAGGUAGGCAUCCUACUCAUUGUUAGUGAAAUUGCCAUGUUUAUGAUUUUAUGAUAAAUCUGCAGCUGGAGUAUCCUUAUGGAAAAGUGACCUUCAUUUUCUUUUGUUUAUUUCUAAACAGUACAGAAAUGCUUUUGAGAAUUUGCAGUUUCUAGGGUAUAAGAUCUGUUCAUUCAUAAAACAAAUCUAAGAGAUUGCAUAAUUCUUUGCAAAAACACACAAUGUGUAACAAAAUCAGUGCCCUUCAAAAUGACAAUUAUGAGUAUCACAAAACCAUCCUGAUGUGACACUUGCCUAACAAGUUUAUGGCCCCAGCUGUCACUCAGUAAAUAUUGUGUAAAAAUACAUAAUGAAAUACGGGAAAAAUCCAUGAAAUAUUAUAAUUUUUAACAUGAUCCAAAUACCUUAUUGUCUUGGAAUAAAUUAAACUGGUCCAAUGUAGCCACAUUUAUGGAAUUAGUUAGUCUAAAAUAAACAGAAAAACUGAAGCAGUGAAAACAACUUACUUUGUGAAAGAGGAGCACGUACAGUUAAUGUGUAAGCUUACAGUAUUUUAUGGAAUCUUGAGUACUACAAAAGCACUUUCUUGUUUAAAAAAUACACUGUGCAUCAAGCAAGUGUGCAAAAUAUAUGUUUUUCACAUUUAAAGGCUGCAUUGUGUUUAAGUCUUCAAAGCUGAGGAAGUUAAAUUUGACAAAUGUGUCACGUUGGUGGCUAGAGGUUUUGAAUGCUUGAGUGACAGGAGAGUGUGAAUAUUUUUCUUUUUUAAUGAGUCUUAUCCAUUGCUGGCAGUGGAUGCACUGACACUCAUUAUGACAGAGACAAGAGAAAAAAAUACAAUCUUAUUAAUAAUGCUAAUCGAUUGGCAUUUUUUCCAGAGCCAUGUGUACAUAUGCCUAAAUGCUGACCUCGUCAACAUGCUUUCUAGUACAAAACAGAUUUCAGUUCUUUUUAAUUAAAAUCCUUAACGAGUAAAACCCACCAAAACCUUUUUGAAGCCUUAUUUUAAGUGAUCAGUUAUUUUCUCUACAGUCUUGAACUUAAUGAGCUCUUGUUACCUACCCAUUUUAUUUAUUUGCACAAGUGAGUCUGUUUUGUUUUAAGUCUUUGCUGGGUCUUCAUGGCCCACUAAUGUAGUUCCGUCUGGGUGUUCACACUUAAGUCCCAGGAUAGUCACUGCACUAAGGACUCUGGAUUUAUGUCCUUUUUAAGCAGACUAGAACACUUUUGUUUUUUGUUCAAGUAUGGUAUUAUCUAAAGUACAUUUUAUUUUGAUUGCUUCCAUUGACAUGUGUUUUUGCAUAUAAACUGUUGCAUAAGGACUGUUUUCUUACACGAGCCCAUAGGCCUUUGAUAUUCUGCUUCGGUGAACAAGAAUGUUAGACAUUAAGAAACAACCUUUAUUUUCAGGUUUUAUAUACAUAUAUAUAUAUUUAAUUGCCCAAUUUGAGGUUUUAAGUGAUAAACAUGCAUUGUAAACUCGAUUGCCUUGUAACCAAAUGAUAUAAAUGCUUCAUGAUUUCAAUGGAGAACAUGCUGUAGAUUUUCCUGUAAAUUAGCUUGAUCAAUGAAUAUGUGUGCUACUGAGCUUUAACUAACGUGAUCUUCCACUGUAGAAAGUCAUUGUUAAUGGAUCAGAUAUAGGUACUAAACUAUGUUUAAAUGGAUGAACAGGGAUUUUGCAGUUUUGAAUGCAAUCAAGAUACGGCUGUUCUGCAGCCUAUCUGCUUGCCGUUCAGAAGAGUUGUAACGCAGUGCUUCCUAUGCUAUGGAAUUAUUUUUCAGCUUUCAAUGACUGUAGCAUGAUUCCUUUUUGUACUGUACUGUGUACAGAUUUUCCAUGUUUUGCACUUUUCUAUGGCAAACCUUGACUGCUUUAUAAAUACUCUGUUAUGUAGUAGGUCAUGAUAGUGGUAGAUAGACAUUUGUGUACUGCAUAAUCAGUUUGAACCGCUAGACUUGCGAGGUUAACUUGGACUAAUGUUGUAUGUUGCUGGUUGCUUGUUGUAGCUCACAUGUCUGAGUACUGUUCAAAGUUACAAAGUCAACCCUCAUUGCACAAUGAAAAUCACUGUGAUCUGUACAUAAACCCUAGUAAAAUUUUAUUGCUGUUUAAUUUAUGUAAUAUCUGUCAAAUCUGGAUUCAUUUAAUAAACCUUUAUAUCUUUUUAAAUGUUUAAA